UAGUGUUUGUUUAGGAUUCCUGGGGGUUUGAAGAUUUUGGGGGUAAGGAAAUGCUGCUGCAGAUUUAGAAGAGAACGCAGCAGCUGCCCCCUGACUGAGCAGUCACCAAUCUCUAACGGAACUGAGAAGCAGCGAUAGAGAAUUAGAGAGAGGGAUUGGAGAUUAUGGCAUCGUUGUGUCUUUCGGUGCCUAUCGCUUCAAAUUCGAGAGCUGUUGCUUCAUCAGCAACUUCGAUGUCGUCGGUGAACUAUUGCGUCGCCUCGCCGAUGCUAGGACAGCUAGGUCGAUGCACUCUCGUUUCUAUGCCAUUGAUGAUAUCUCGAAGGAGAGUGAUGCGCUCUCGUAGGAAUCAGGUUGUUUGCAUGGCUCCUGAGGAAGAGAAGAUGACUCGCCGUUCUCCUCUCGAUUUCCCCAUCG